AUGGCCACCUUCAUUCUUGAUUGGAAACCGUCGGACCCUCUCGGCCCCGAUAAGAGAGUCCCGCUGCUCUCCGGGAGAAGACUAGAGAUGUUCAAAGCUCUAGAAGACCAUGAUAACUACUAUGAGUUAUCUUUGAUGUUCCCAGCGCUAGCCAAUGAUAUGGAGAAUUUCGGAUCUAAGCUUCCGGCAUCGCGCGAGGCAUCGCUGCAGAUUCACCAAGACCACGUUAACCAAAGACCGAUGGGCAUCUUACUCCACGCCAUACCAAAAGACAUGCUGAGGUCAUUGAUAUUGGGCACCGUUGCCUUCGACCAGCUGAAGCUGACCAAAGCCAGCGCACUACGCAGACGGUCCAGGCGUGUAUGUCACCGCGAUGGCCAUCGAACGACAACAUGGGACAUGGCUCGGCCGUAG